CCACAUUGCAGAGCCGGUGCACACGCGGGAGAGGCGACUCCUACCAAUACCAAGUAGUAGAAGCGCACUCUUCCUAUUACUGGCUGCUGUUCCGCUAUCUCUCUCUCUCCGACUGCCCUAGACGGCGGCGAUAACAGUGAUAAUCACACAGCCGACAACGGCCGCCCACCGCCUACCCUACACGCGCCGCCUACCACAGAGUACCGCCGCUUGUCCUCUCCGGGACGACUAAAUACCGUGUCCAUGUCAGCGCAGCCCCUCCGCCUUAGUAUUCCUCUGCCUCUCUCCCCAACGGCCCUCAGCAAAAUGGCGCAACUGGACACGCUGGACAUUAUCGUCCUCGCUGCACUCCUCGUCGGGACCGUCGCCUACUUCACAAAAGGCACCUACUGGGCCGUCUAUGGAGACCCCUACGGCAACUCGCUGGCCAACGCCAAUGGCGCCGCCAAGGCAGGCAAGUCGCGCAACAUACUCGAGAAGAUGGACGAGACGGACAAGAACUGCGUCGUCUUCUACGGCAGCCAGACGGGCACGGCCGAGGACUAUGCCUCCCGCCUGUCCAAAGAGGGCCACUCGCGCUUCGGCCUAAAAACAAUGGUAGCCGACUUGGAGGAGUACGACUUUGACAAUCUGGACAGCUUCCCCGACGACAAGCUCGCCGUAUUCGUCCUCGCUACCUACGGCGAGGGCGAGCCCACCGACAACGCCGUCGAGUUCUACGAGUUCCUCGGUUCCGACGACGUCAGCUUCGCCCAAGGUGGUAGCGUCGACGACAAGCCCCUCGGCAACCUCCACUACGUCGCCUUUGGUCUCGGAAACAACACCUAUGAACACUACAACUCCAUGGUUCGCAAUGUGGACAAAUACCUGACCAAGCUUGGCGCCACCCGCCUGGGCGCUGCCGGCGAGGGGGACGAUGGCGCCGGCACCAUGGAGGAAGACUUUCUCGCUUGGAAGGAGCCCAUGUGGGCUGCUGUUUCGGACAAGAUGGGCUUGGAGGAGCGCGAGGCUGCCUACGAGCCCGUCUUCGACGUCAUCGAGAAGCCAGAGCUGUCUGCCGAGGAAGAUACGGUUUACCUAGGCGAGCCCAACAAGAACCACCUCGAGGGCACUCAGAAGGGCCCCUACAAUGCCAACAACCCCUUCAUUGCCCCCAUCGUCGAGUCGUCUGAGAUAUUCACUGCCAAAGACCGCAACUGCCUGCACAUGGAAAUCAGCAUUGCCGGCUCCAACCUGUCGUACACCACCGGAGACCACAUCGCCAUCUGGCCCAACAACGCUGGCAAGGAGGUCAACCGCUUCUUCAAGGUCCUCGGCAAAGAAGAUGAGCGUCAUACUGUCAUUGUCGUCAAGGGGCUUGAUCCCACUGCCAAGGUUCCCUUUCCGUCUCCCACUACAUACGAUGCCGCUGUCCGCUUCCACGUCGAAAUCAAUGCCGCUGUGUCUCGACAGCUGGUGUCUGGUAUCGCCCAGUUCGCACCAAACGAGGAUAUCAAGGCGGAAAUGGUCAAACUUGGUGGCGACAAGGACUACUUCAAGCAAAACGUGACGGACCGCAACCUCAACCUGGCCCAACUACUUGAGAUUGCUGGAAAGGGCGAGACGUGGUCCAAGAUCCCCUUUUCCUUCAUGUUUGAAAACUUGCUCAAGAUUCAGCCCCGCUACUACUCCAUCUCCUCCUCUUCUCUCGUCCAAAAGGACAAGAUCUCCAUCACCGCCGUGGUCGAGUCACUUGAGAAGCCUGGCGCGCCACAUAUCCUAAAGGGGGUCACGACCAACUAUCUCCUUGCCUUGAAGCAGAAGCAGCACGGAGACCCGAACCCAGACCCUCACGGCUUGAACUACGCCAUCACCGGACCGCGCAACAAGUACGACGGUAUACAUGUCCCGGUUCACGUCCGCCACUCAAACUUCAAGCUCCCCUCGGACCCGGCAAAGCCCAUCAUCAUGGUUGGUCCCGGUACGGGUGUUGCUCCUUUCCGCGGUUUCGUCCAAGAACGAGCUGCACAGGCAAAGGCAGGCCAGAACGUCGGAAAGACCGUUCUCUUCUUCGGCUGCAGAAAGCAGUCGGAGGAUUUCUUGUACCAGCACGAGUGGAAUGAAUACAAGGAGGCUCUUGGCGACAACUUCAUAAUGCACACCGCCUUCUCACGAGACGGUCCCAAGAAGGUCUAUGUCCAGGACAAGAUCGGAGAGUGGGGCGAAGAGGUCAAUAAGCUUCUCGAGCAAAAGGCGUACUUUUAUGUCUGCGGUGACGCCGCGCACAUGGCUCGCGAAGUCAACACUCUGCUCGGCAAAAUCAUCAGCAAGUAUAGGAAUGUGUCAGAAACCAAGGGCGAGGAGAUUGUCAAGGCAAUGAGGGCGUCGAAUCAGUACCAGGAGGACGUCUGGUCAUAAUCGAGCCGCCAUCUUCACGUACGAGUUUUACACUUUCAGCUCUAGCAUUUUCAGGGUAAAUCGGAGCGUGCAUGGCGUUUUGCCCCGCAUGGCGACACUCGCGAAGGGGCUCUUGUUCAUUUGAUUUCUCAGCGACUUCUGGCUACCGGUUCAUAAUUUACCCCCUUUUACAUAUCUCGCAAUGUAGAUAGCAUGUCCGACUGCUCUCUUUUAGGGCGACGAAGACAAAAUAUAGGGAAACACUAGAUGAAUAUAGCAAGACGUUUACGAGAA